GCCUUGCUGCUGCCCCUGGCUACUGGCCGCACCUGCCAUGCUGUCCGUUGUGGAACUUUUUAGUGUUCUUUUGCUCAGCCCGAGUCCUAGCACCGAGCAAGGCGGCACGGAGGGACUUUGUCAGGAAGGGAUUCUGAGAUACAAUCUUGUCACACGCCGCCCAGUGUCCGUCUCGGACGCCAUCUAUACAGUAUAUCUCGGCCACUGAGGACAAAUAACAAGGUGUGGCUGACGGUCCAAGCCAGAUCCAGCCACAACCGCAGGCUGCUGCUGUUGCCUUUCUGAUUGAAAGGAUCAAUUUGUCAAUUUGUCAAUUUGUUCACUUUCUCAAAAAGCGACCGCCAAGCAAGCAACCUUACCGCCCUGGGCUUCAGCAACUGGCAAGCCUUCUCCGGUGGGACCAGUCCAACUGCAGAAAUAGUGUGGUGGCCUUGCAUCACCGUUCAGCCCCUGCCCUCCCGUGCCUGUCAACUUGUCUUGGUCCUCCACAUAUAUCUGUUUCCUGACGGCUUUCCGUUGCCAAAAUCAAACCCCCGUCGCUGCGGCUACUUGCAGCCUUUCAAUUCCCUUCCAACCAUUGGCUCCCAGGAACAAUAGCCUCACCAUGGUUGCCGACAUCACCGUCGACGUCCUUGUCAUUGGCGCGGGCCCUACCGGCCUCGGCGCGGCCAAGCGUCUGAACCACAUUAACGGUCCGUCAUGGCUGCUGCUGGAGUCCGACGAGAGGGCUGGAGGUCUGGCCUCGACCGAUGUUACCCCUGAGGGAUUUCUGUAUGAUGUCGGUGGUCAUGUCAUCUUCUCCCACUACAAGUACUUUGAUGACUGUCUAGACGAGGCGCUGCCCAGGAAAGAGGACUGGUACAGCCACCAGCGCAUCUCGUACGUCAGGUACAAGAAGCUGUGGGUGCCGUACCCCUUCCAGAACAACAUCUCGAUGCUGCCCAAGGAGGACCAGGUGGUGGCGGUCGAGGGCCUGAUCGACGCGGCGCUGGAGUGCCGCGUCGCAAACACCAAGCCCAGGGACUUUGACGAGUGGAUCGUGCGCAUGAUGGGCGCCGGCGUCGCCGACAUGUUCAUGCGGCCCUACAACUUCAAGGUCUGGGCCGUGCCCACCACGCGCAUGCAGUGCCAGUGGCUGGGCGAGCGCGUGCCCGAGCCCGACGUCAAGCUCGUGACCAAGAACGUGCUGCUCGGCAAGGUGGCCGGCAACUGGGGGCCCAACAGCACCUUCCGCUUCCCCGCACGCGACGGCACCGGCGGCAUCUGGACCGCCGUCGCGAACACCCUGCCCGCCGAGAAGCUCCGCCUCGGCAGGAAGGCGGGCACCGUCACGUCCAUCGACGCCGCCGCCAGGACCGCCACGCUCGCCGACGGCACCACCGUCGGCUACGGCAAGCUCGUCUCCACCAUGCCCGUCGACCACCUCGCCGAGACGCUGGGCGACCGGGAGCUCGUCGGUCUCGCCAAGGGGCUCUUCUACUCGUCGACCCACGUCAUCGGCGUCGGAAUCCGCGGCGAGCGCCCGGACCGCAUCGGCGACAAGUGCUGGCUCUACUUCCCCGAGGACGACUGCCCCUUCUACCGCGCCACCGUCUUCUCCAACUACUCCCCCUACAACCAGCCCGAGGCCGCCGUCAGGCUGCCGACGCUGCAGCUGGCCGACGGGUCCGCCGCGCCGCCCGGCUCCGUCGAGGCCCGCGAGGGCCCGUACUGGUCCAUCAUGCUCGAGGUCUCGCAGUCGCCCGAGAAGCCCGUCGACGAGGCAAACAUCCUGCGGGACUGCAUCCGCGGCCUCGUCAACACCGAGAUGCUCCGGCCCGAGGACGAGAUCGUGUCGACGUACAACCGCAAGUUCGACCACGGCUACCCGACGCCCACGCUCGAGCGCGAGGGCGUGCUCAAGGAGCUGCUGCCCCGGCUGCAGGACAUGGGCAUCUACUCGCGCGGCCGCUUCGGCAGCUGGAGAUACGAGGUCGGCAACCAGGACCACUCCUUCAUGCUCGGCGUCGAGGCCGUCGACCACAUCGUCAGCGGCGCCGUCGAGCUCACGCUCAACUACCCGGACUUUGUCAACGGCCGCCAGAACGUCGAGCGCCGCCUGGCCCAGGGCUUCAGCUUCGGCGGCGAGAGCAAGCAGAACGGCGUCCCGCGGAGAUAGGGCAAGCCGUUGCCGUUGCCGUUGCCGUCAUCACCGCCGCCGCGCCCAAGGGGGUGGCGCGUUUACCGGGGGCUGUACGUUCCGAAAGGGGAAGGGGACGCGAAUGAGGGAGAUUGCCUAUCUAGGGAGGGCGAGUCGUCGUCCCGUCCCGUUUUGUUUUCUCCCCCCUCCCCCCCGUCUUUGGUGUCAGGUACCUAUGCGGUAUCACCGCCUCGGUCAGCUGAGCGUGUUUCGGGUUUGUUCUCAAAUGCCAUUAGACCACCGCACGCAUCAUGAGAUGGAAAUGUCUUUUUUUAUUAUUUUAUUUUAUGGAUGCGAACCAUGUAGGUACAAGUUGCAUGCCCCGAGCGGUUCCUUGUCGUCAUUACGCGUUGCUGCGGCGUGACGCAUGGAACAGACGAGAGGCGCCGAGGAUGAGCGUUACCUACCUGCUUUUAUAGAUCUAGAUAGAGACCUGCCGCCACGAUCGCUUGCAUGGCGUCCAAUACAGCCUUUGAUUUUUUGUUUCUACCACG